AUGGAUGCCCAGAAACUGAUAUGCGCUGGGUAUCAACUACAAAAUGAGGCGGAAGUAUGGUGGAAGGCAACGAAGCCUAACUUAGAAGCGAUUCAUCCCAAUCCUACCUGGGAGCAGUUUAAAGAGGUUAUCUUUAAGAAUUAUUUCCCUAAGAGUUUAAGAGAUAAGAAGGAAGCCGAGUUCUUUGCUUUCGUGCAAGGAUCAAAGAUCAUGCUGGAUUACCAGCAACAGUUUGAAGAUUUGUUUCAUUUUGCCCCGAAACAUAUGAAGGGGGAAGCUAGCAAAACAAAGAAGUUUGAGAAAGGACUUAAGCCAAAGAUCGGGUCUAUGCUGUCAGUCUUAGACAUUCAGGACUACACUCAAAUGGUCGACAAAGCAAAGACUAUGGAGGAUAGACUAAAGGAGAAGGCUACAACGUCGCUUAGUUCGGGCAAAAGGCCCAACAACUAUCAGAAUUUUGGGUGGCCAAAUAAGGCUUUCCGAGGAGCCAGCUCGAGCCCCAACCCGAUACAAUAUUGA